AUGGAUAACAUCCAGACCAUGAAAUCCACAGACAGAAUUCGCAUUUCAGCCUCACAGAGGAACCUAAAGGAGCUUGAUGACAUGGUCAAGGGCAAGAAACUGGUGGUCCGAGAAGUCAGAGACACGCUGAGUGCCUGCCGACUGCGGAUCAAGGCUCUGGCAAAGCAGCUGGAUCAUGUAGACAGUGAAACAGAGAAGGAGGAGGAGGCUGGCAAUGUUGCAGCCGUGUCACGACUGCAGGCCACGCGUCGCCGACUGCGCACCGAGCUGGACAAGGAGAAGGCCUUGGAGCUGGGGAUUGCUUGGACACUAGAGCAAAACCUCCUUGAGAUGUGGCAGGUAGAAACUGAGCAGGGAAAAUACCAAACCCUCCGUGAGCAACUUCAGAAGGAUGAGGAGGAGCUAAAGAGGCAAUACCAAGAGAGAGCAGGAGUGAGGAUCUGGAAGGAAAAAAUAGCAGCACUGCAAGCAGAAGGCAAACGUCGGACGCGAGAGAAAAAAGAGGAGGAGGCCUGGAAAGCAUGUGAAGAAAGAAGUAAAAAGAUGUUAGAGGAUGCCAAAAGGAACCACAAAAAAGCAGUUUGCUUCCUGAGGCAAAGCAUAGCAAGAAUUCAUGAAAAAAAUGCAAAGGAAGAAGCGAAAACUCAGGAGCAUAUGGAGAGAAGGAUACAAGCUGUGCUUUCCCUGAAAACCAGCAUCACUUCCAACAGGGAAAAGCUCAAAACUCUCCAGUUUUGGAAGAAAGCAAAGGCCUUGGAGGCAAAGAAGCAGGAGAUGAGAAUGAGGGAAGCCAUCCUAGCAGAAGGAGGCAAUGUUGCCAAGGAAAUUUUCUUCCAUAAACGACAGUUAAAGCAUGAAAAAGAGAAACAAGCUUAUAGAGAACUGCAGAAAUCAAGAAGAAUUGAGAUCGUGUCUCGAAUUCUGCAAGAAAAAGCUUCUCUUCACAAGCAGAGAAAGAGUCAGUUCCAUCCUGAGACAAUUAAGGCUCGUGGGAAAUGGGAUGAUCCUGUCCUGGGGAGAAGGAAAGCCUGGAAAUAUGUUGAGAAGACCCACACACAUGCAGCUGGAGCCAUGGCACAGAUACCCAAAGAAGAAAUGGAUCCAGGGCAGCUGUCUGCAAGGGCAGUGAAAACAGAAACAUCUAAGAAAACAAUGGAGGAAUUACAAACUGGAGAUUUUCCUAGGCAGAUAGUGCCUGGUCAUGAACACAAGGGCAGUACUUUCUACAGCAAACCAAGCUGCAUCCACUUCAAGGAUUUUGAUGUUGGUCAAACCUACAAGAAGAAGCUAGUUUUGACCAAUGCAUCCUACAGCAGUAACUACUGCAGGCUGGUGGGAGUCAGUGAGUGGCUCAAGGACUUCAUCACUGUUCACUUUAGCCCACCUGGCAAAAUGUCUCCUGGAAUGUCCUGUGAAGUCAUGGUAACAUUUAAGCCAGCGAUCAAUGAGAGUCUGGAAGGAGCAGUCCUGUUUCUGGCACUGACAGGUGCUUUUUCUGUCCCCCUGAAAUGUACAGUCAAGAGCUGCAUUCUGGCCCUAGAUAAAGAGCUCAUUGAUUUUGGCAGCCACGUGGUGGGAGAGACAAUUUCCCAGACCAUCACCCUGACAAACAGAGGAGCUUUGGGAACAAGAUUCAAAGUUCAGACAUCAGCAGAACAACCUGGACAAGAUGUAUCAAAUACCAGAGGAGAUCUAGACACAGACAAUGCAGAUGAUUCAGUGGAACCUUCUUCUGAAGAAACACCAGCUGAAAUUAUGCUUGGAAAGGUUACUGAGGGAGAGAUUGGACCCUUCAGCUCCAUCAAGCUCCCAGUUGUGUUUGCCCCAGCUGUGCCUGGAGACUCAUGGGCAGAGUUUGUCAUCACAUUCGACAGCCCAGACUGCAAACCACUGUGCUUCAGUGCCACUGGAGUCUCUGUGGCUGUGCCCAUCUGGGUGUCCAAGCCCAGUGUGGAUCUGAGGAUCUGCCUGUACGACAGGCUGUACCAGGACUGCGUGGUGGUACACAGCAGAGCAACAACCACGCUGCGUUUGAAGUUUGAAGUGCGCAGAGAAUUGAGUAAGCACAUGAUGCUGCUUCCAAAAGCAGGUUACAUCCAGGCUCAGUCAUCCUUCAGCGUGCAGCUCAGGUUCCUGCCCAGGCACUCUCUUCCUGAGGAUGCUGGGAGCUAUUUCAAUGCAGAGACAAGCAUCCUGGAGGUUCCAGUGACAAUCCUGAUUGUGGGCAAGGUUAAAACAGUUGAUUUUACUGUCCAUGCCAUUGUUACAACUUCUGACUUGGAAUUCAGUCCAGCACAGAUCAACUUUGGGUACUGCACGAUCUAUGAGGCAGUGCAGGCAAAUGUCAUGCUGACAAACAAAUCCAUCUUGCCUCAGGAGUUUGGAUUCGUGGGGCUGCCAGAGUUUGUUGACAUUCAGCCAAAUGAUGGAUUUGGAGUUCUCCUUCCCCUGGAAAGCCUGACACUGGACAUUAUCUUCAAAGCUACCAGGGCUGAAGAGUAUAGCUUUGAGCUCACCUGCAUGACAGAGACCAACAGACAAUUCAAGCUGUCAUGCAAAGCAGUUGGAGUCCACCCACCUCUUGAAUUGUCUCAUUCCUUGGUUCAGUUUGCUGCAACAGCUCUUGGUGCUGUGUCUGCAGCCACCCUGGAUGUGCUCAACCCCCGUGGGAGUGGGAAGUGCCUCCCUCACAUCGUGCCCCGGAUCGGCAGCGCGGAGGGACCAGCUGCCUUCGAGUUCCACGUGCCACCAGAGUGUCCUGUGGCCAUCUCACCUUCUGGGGGAACUCUGCUGCCUGGGCAGAAAAGCUCCAUCCAAGUGUCCUUCAGCCCAACCCUGUCGGAUCAGCUAAUCAGGGAAGAGGCAGCUCGGAGGCUGUGUGAAGCAGCUGUGCCAGGGGCAGCAGUACAAGGAACGAAGGAAGACAAAAAGAAAGCAGGAAAGAAAUCAGGCAGUUCCACUCCGAAAUCGGGCAAUUCCACUCCCAAACGGCUUGGAAGGGCUGGAAGCAGGAAAUACCUGUGUGAUGUAAAUAGCUCUGAACAGCCCAAACCCGAAGACAUAAAGCCUGAUUCUGAUGCUUACAGGGCAGCCCAGUCUUCCCUGAUGAGGAGUUUCCCUGGGAGUUUUGAAAGAUACAUCAUUCCAUGCUUUGUUGCAAGUGGACACAUGGAUGGACAGAAGGACUCUGGAAACCUGAGUUACAGCCCUUACCACACGUUGUACCUGGAGCUGCAUUGUCCAGCUGUAGCCCCCUCUGUCCUGGUCACCUCAGACAAUGGGAACAACACGGUGGAUUUUGGUGAUGUUGCUGUAGGCCACAGGGUGCUGAAGAGAAUCACAAUAGAAAACAUCUCCCCAGAGAAGCUGGAAGUAUCCUUAUUCUCAGUUCUGAAUCCAAAUGGUCCCUUCCUGUUGGCCAGAGCAGUUGGAAUGCUUGAGCCAGGUGAAAGCAAACCCCUCAUCAUCUCUUUUUGUCCAGAUAAGGAUGACAGGUACUUUGAAACUUUGGACAUCCAGGUGGCAAAGCCCAACCUCAGCCUCCACUUCACUGGGCAUGGGGUGAUCCCAUCCACGGUGUGCUCUGUGGGAGAAGCACUUGACAUGGGAUAUGUUGUGGUCAGGGAGAAGGUGACUGCCACAGUCAAGAUAGAGAACACUUCCAGCCUGACCCUGCCAUACUCCAUACAACUGGACUCGCUCUCACCAACAAGGGACAGAGACCAGCAGACAACAGAGCUUGUUGGAACCCAGAACAAUAGUGGCUUAAGUGUGUUCAGUGUCUUCCCAAUGGAAGGAGAAAUUGAGGCUGGGAAAAGUCAGGAUUUUGUUGUCACUUUCAGCCCUGAACAUGAGAGUCUGUACUACUCUGACCAGCUCAUGGUUAUGCUCUUUGGCAAGCUAACAGCCCACAAGAUCCAGCUGAAGGGAGCAGCGAGGGAUCACCCCAUGUUUGUGGAGGGAGGAGAACCACUGGAUGUGCCUGUGGAGUCCUUGGCUGUAACAUCACCUGUGGCAUCGCAGAAGGCAGAGAAAAGAGAGCCAGAGAAACCAGUGAAGUCCCUUCUCCUCCUCCUGGAGUACGUCGCGGGCGAGGGCCCUGCAGAGCCUGCCAGGGCUGAGCUCAGGGUUGGGGCUAUGCAGACAGCUAAGAAG